CGUGUGGACGAGAAGAACCCAAUCGGAGUGAGUGUUAGUGAAGCCAACAAAGUGUGGUUAAUACUAUCGCUUUGCGUUCGCAUUCAACUUCUGGGCGGUUCUCUUCCAGUGUUCACCGAACAGGACAACCCAACCUCCUUCUCAAAGUCUUCAUUAACCAGGUUCCUAACCUACAGCUAUCUCUCGUCAUUCAACGCCCGUCUUCUCCUAUCGCCGGCAACCCUGGCCUACGACUGGCAGAUGGGAAGCAUUCAACUCAUUACCAUAUUGGUUUUGGCUCUUAUUAUAUGGAAAUUAUGCCAAACCUCUGUGUCCUCUCGUGACGAUCAGGAUCUGUCCAAUAGAACCCUAUGUGUUGGUAUUACAUUAUUAAUACUGCCGUACAUUCCGGCCUCCAAUCUCUUCGUUACCGUUGGCUUUGUUGUCGCUGAGAGAGUGCUUUAUAUUCCCAGUAUAGGAAUGAUUGUAUUGGUUUGCACUGGUCUUCAACGGCUCACUCAAAGCAAGAGUAUAUUUGCCAAAAAAUUAGUCCCAAUAAUAAGAUCAGCGAUGUUUGCACUCAUCCUUAUAUUCGCCAUAAAGACAGUCAAACAGAACAGAUCCGGACUGAGAAGUCUUCCGCAAAAUGCAAAAACUCAUUACAAUUACGCAAAUCUACAAAAAGAUUUGGGAAAUAUUGAGUUAGCGAUGAAACACUAUACAAGUGCUCUCAGUUCAAUACAUAAAUAUAAAUUA